AUGCACAGUGAAGACAUUGCUCUUCUCUCCACUGUCACCCUCCUGGGUGUCCUGCUUCAAGCCUAUUUCUCGCUGCAGGUGAUCUCGGCCCGCAGGAAGCACCGCGUGCAGCCUCCGCUCACCACCGGCCCGCCGGAGUUCGAGCGCAUCUUCAGAGCCCAGGUCAACUGCAGCGAGUACUUCCCCCUGUUCCUCGCCACGCUCUGGGUGGCCGGCAUCUUCUUCCACCAAGGCACGGCGGCGCUGUGCGGCCUGGCUUACCUGUUGGCGCGCCUCCGCUACUUCCGGGGCUACGCGCGCUCCGAGAGCCAAAGGUUGUCCCCGUUGUACGCGAGCGCUGGAGCUCUGUGGCUGCUGCUGGCGCUGGGGGCGCUGGGCCUGCUCUUCCAUUUCCUCCCGACCGCCUGGCGAGCCGCGGUGUCCGGAGGGCUCCACGGGGUGCUGCUUUGA